CUCUCCUUCUCUCUCUGUCAGUGGAUGUCAGCGCUCUCACACACACACACACACACACACACACACUCGUCCGCAGAUCAGAUCGAUUCUCACGCUGUAGAUGAUGCCAUCGCCACGGUGACUCUCUCUUCUCUCUGAUUGGCUGGUUCGCUGACGUUGUCAUGGCGAAAAGUCCAGAGGUGAAGCUGGCAGUGUUUGGCAGAGCAGGAGUGGGAAAGUCAGCGCUGGUGGUUCGGUUCCUGACCAAACGAUUCAUCUGGGAAUAUGAUCCAACUCUCGAGUCCACGUACCGCCAUCAGGCCAACAUUGACGACGAGCCCGUCAGUAUGGAGAUUUUAGACACAGCCGGACAGGAGGAUGUCCUGCAGAGGGAGAGCCACAUGCGCUGGGGCGACGGCUUUAUCCUGGUAUAUGACAUCACAGACCGCGGGAGCUUUGAGGAGGUGGCUCCGCUGAAGGGCCUGCUGGAGGAUCUGAAGAGGCCCAAACAUGUGCCGCUGGUGCUGCUGGGGAAUAAAGCGGAUCUGGAGCACGCGCGGCAGGUGGGCACGGCCGAGGGAGAGCGCCUGGCGGCGGACAUGGCCUGCGCAUUCUACGAGUGUUCUGCGUGUUCAGACGCUGUGGGCUCUGGUGGAGGCGUCGCCGAGGCCUUUCAUGAGCUCUGCAGGGAGAUCCGACGCCGGAGAGCCGUUCAGGGGAAAACCAGACGCCGCAGCUCCACCACACACGUCAAACAGGCCAUCAACAAGAUGCUGACCAAGAUCAGCAGCUAAAACACACACGCUGAAGCAUCACUGCGGACAAACAAUACUACAGGGGAGAGAGCUUAACGUGCUGUCGCUUAAACUGCACAUGACAUCAAAACUAACCACUGAUUUUGUUAGCUUCGUGCUCAAUUAUUCAUCUGUGCAUGUCAUCAAGAACUAAAUGCUUCGCUCAUGUAGCCUAAAAUGGAUAUCUUAAAAUGCACUGCCUGUUUGUUUUCAGUUCAGUUCAGUUCUCAGAUUAGGUCUGUCCGAGGUAUUGGGCGGGGCUAACACACUUAACCACACCCCUCCAGCUGUUUUUUUUUAUAAUUAUUUUUUAGCGGUUUUCAACCUUUAAAGGACAGAAUAGUGCAGAGAAUUGACAGAAAAUAGUUGGGAGCAGAGAGAGGGGAAGAUUCGGCAAAGGAGCUCGAGCUGGGAAUCGAACUCGGGUCGCCGUGAGCACCAUGGUGCUAUAUGUUGGCUCACUUAAUCACUAGACUAGCUGUCAGUUUUGACCACAAACAGAAAUGGUGAGGAGGAGUCUAUUAUGCGCUAAUCCAGGGGUCACCAAACUUGUUCCUGGAGGGCCGGUGUCCUGCAGAUUUUAGCUCCAACCCUAAUCAAACACAAGCUAAUCAAGGUCUUACUAGGUGUACUUGAAACAUCCAGGCAGAUGUGUUAAGGCAAGUUGGAGCUAAACUCUGCAGGGACACCGGCCCUCCAGGACCGAGAUUGGUGACCCUUGCCCUAAUCACACGGGGCUUCAGCGUCAACGCUUGACAGAGGGCGUGUCUGAAGUUGGGGAUGACACGAUCGUCAUAGCAGCGUCAGCCAAUGAAAUUAGUCAGCAAUCUGUUACUGUCUGAGCUGGUGUAUUUGCAUACAGCUAUCUGAUUGGCUGACGCUUCUGUUGGUGCUCAAAAGGAAAGUUCCAACAGACAUCAACACAACGCCAUCAAUUAAAUAAAUAUUAGCAUACUGACCAGCGGGAAAACUCCUGAUCAUAGAUAUAUGUGUAUAUAUGUGUAUAUCUCUGGCUCUGCACCUUGGUCCCGCAUUCAUUUCAAAGGAGCACUACCCUGUACCAAGAUGGCGGCUCUAUUGAUGCAUUCCUUCCAAUAGAUAACAGCGUAGGCGACAUCUAGUGUAAAUAUCUUUGAUUUACUCUAAUAAUAUACAAAAGACAAUCAGGAUGUUAAACAACACCCACCCUUCAAAGAUCACCUACAACUCCACUGAGCGUCACAGUAAACAAACCCCAGUGGGUCCGUCAUGUAUUUGGGUCCCCUUUAAACAUUAGCAGGUGUUUCUUCAGUAGUUUGCAUUGUGAGGAUUCGCAACACGUUUGCUGUCAAAGCGAUGAGGAUCUCUCCUUAAUGUGCUGGCGUUUGUCAUAACUGGCUUGAGUUUUCCUGAACCGCAGCAUGUUCAUCUCUCUCGGCCUCUAAAACACACACGCUAAUCCAACAUCUGUAAAGCAGGACACAUCUACUGGAGAAGCUGAAGUGUGUAUCACAUCAGACGGUGCAGCGUUUAGAAUGAUCCUCCGGCAGCUUCCCCUGUGGAUGUGUCCUGCUUUAAGAGUGUUGAUGUGUGCAGAUACGCCGUGUGUUUUCUCCUCUGGUGUGUGUUUCUUGUCUCCGCUGAACUGCAGGAUGGUGUGUGUGUCUGUGUGUUUUAUCAGUGUCUGCCAUCAGCUCGUGUUGACUUUACGCUCAGAUUCUGAGCCUCGAAUAAAGGCAGAGCUGCGUCCACAAUCAUCAGAGGAGGAUCUGAGCGUCUGCUGAUGCCUAUCUGAGCGCUACACACACACACACACACACACACGCACACACACACACACACACACAUACACACUGCUGUGCUUAUGAUGGAUCACGGCCACAUGUUUCUGCUUCUGUCUCUCUCACUCUCUCUCUCUCACACACACACACACACACACACACACACACACACACACACACACACACGCACACGCACGCACACACACGCACACCUGCAGAGAUUCUCUGUCCUACACAAAUAUGCAGAAUGUGUGUAAACAAACAAACAAAUGAAGAAAAACACCUGCUGUUUA